AUUUUGGGGUGGCUGUGGUACUAUAACUUUUUAAGUUGAAGUCAUUAAACAGUAAUGUGUGGAUAACUCCACAUUAUAUACAAUAUAUAAUAUUAAUUUUGUUUUAAUAUCUAAGUUUGAGCUUCAUAAAGUAAUGAUUAUAAAGUUAAAAUAUAACCUUGGAAGAGACUUGGAAGUGACUUUGAAUUGAAACCAACGCAAACAUUUGUAUCAUUUACAGUCGGGUCAUCUGUGAUGAUUUCUGUGUAAGCUGAUCCUCCACCGUGUGGAAACCUACUCACUCGACCAGUGAGCUCCCACUCACUCCCUCUGCAAAAGCGAGCUCCCAGUGUAAUAUCACAGCCCGUGUCUGCAGCCCUUCAUUCAUCCAGCCUGUCAGUCCUGCGUCCAUACAUCAUCCAUCCAUCGUGUCUGUGGAAGGCUGCUCACACUUUCUCCCUCCCUCUCUCCCUUUUCUCCUCACCCUCGGACAGCUCACUUUUUCACUGCUGAUCGGAGUGGGUCUCGGAGGAUCAACAGAGCUCCGUUUCUCUGCGCGUUCCGGAGCAGGAGGAGUCGCCAAAGGACACACGCGCGUCACGGCGUGCACGGACGGAGCAACGGGUCGAGUUUGGUGUUGGAUUUAAAAAAAGAAGAUUUUAAAAAACAAAUAAAUAAAUAAAAGUCCACCACGGGAACUGCAGCGUUAACGAGGACCUGGUUAGAUUCCCGUUUUUGACGGAUUUUACGCCGCACAGUUGCGCAAACGGAUUAGCCGACCGGCGGAUGACUGACGGUUUUGCGGAAAGGUGUCGCUGCCUCUGCGCAAGUCUCAGGUGAAGAUGAAGUCUACGGCGGUGGUGGACGGAGGCCUGUUCACAGAGAGCUACUGUAACAUCUGCAACGCCCAGCUCAUCUCCGAGUCCCAGCGCACAGCCCACUACGAGAGUAAGAAACACGCCAACAAGGUGCGUCUGUUCUACAUGCUGCACCCUGAAGACGGAGGACCACCGUCCAAGAGACUGAGGCCCGAUAAUCCAGACUGUGCAGAAACAGAAGUGGACAGGAACAAGUGCUGUACCUUGUGCAACAUGUUCUUCACCUCUGCCAUCGUGGCCCAGUCGCACUACCAGGGUAAAACCCACGCCAAGAGAGUCCGCCUGGUGCUGGGGGAGCCGACCAAACUGUCGUCGGCCAUGACCAGCCCAACAAACACAGAUUCCUCCCCGUCCACGCCACAGCCCGCAGACCCAAACACAUGCCCGACUCCAAACCCAGCACUACCCUGGCCGGUGGCCGUGGACGGCGGGAAUGGAGGAAAGGAAGCCGGCAAGUACUGCUGCCUCUGUGGAGCCUGGUUCAACAACCCACUAAUGGCCCAGCAGCACUACGAAGGCAAGAAACACCGCAGGAACGCAGCCAGGGCGCGUCUCCUGGAGCAGCUAGCGGGCAGUCUGGAUGCCACGGAGAGCACAGGGUUACGCAGUAGUUACUCCUGCAACGUCUGCAGUGUGGUUCUCAACUCCAUUGAACAGUACCACGCACACCUUCAGGGCUCCAAGCACCAGAACAACCUGAAGCAGCAGUGAGACACGUGGGAAGGAGGACACUAAUGAAGACGGAGGCUAUUGGAAUGUUUAAAAAAAACAAACAAAA